AUGAGCACCGAUUACGAGUCUGGCUCUGAGGAGCAGUACGAUGACAAGCCCACCGAGGAGGAGCUCCAGACGCUCCGCCGUGUCUCGGGUGACAUGAACUGGGCCAUCUUCACCAUUGCCUUUGCCGAGCUUUGCGAACGCUUCUCGUACUACGGCUCCUCCGUCCUCUACACCAACUUUGUCCAGAGGCCGCUUCCCGAGGGCUCCAACACCGGUGCCAGCCACGGCACCACCUCCAGGAUCCCCGGUGCGCUGGGUAAGGGCCAGAAGGCUUCCCAGGGCAUUGUCCUCUUCAACCAGUUCUUCGCCUACCUCAUGCCACUUGUUGGUGCCUGGAUUGCCGACGCGAAACUCGGUCGCUAUGUCACGAUUCACAUCGCCAUCGCCAUCUCCACAGUUGCCCACGUCAUCCUGACGGCCGCGUCCGCCCCGAGCGUGAUCACGAAGCCCAACUCGGCGUUUGGCGCCUUCAUCAUUGGUCUCCUCACCCUGUGCAUCGGUACCGGUUUCUUCAAGGCCAACAUCUCCCCCAUGCUCGCGGAACAAAACACCGACACCCGCCUCCGCGUCGAGGUGCGCAAGGGCGAGCGCGUCAUUGUCGACCCCGCCAUCACCAACUCGCGCAUCUUCCUGUACUUCUACUUCGCCAUCAACGUCGGCUCCACCAUUGGCCAGAUCGCCAUGGUGUGGGUUGAGAAGUAUGUGGGCUUCUGGCUCGCUUUCCUGCUUCCCACCAUCCUCUUCUUGGCCGCUCCCAUCGUGCUGUGGUCGCAGAAGAAGAAGUACAAGCUCACGCCCCCACCGGUUCCGUGCUGUCCAAGUACCCCGGAGCAGCGCCCUGACUGGAUGACGUACGAUGACGCCUGGGUCGACGAGGUCCGCCGUGGUCUCGUGGCCUGCAAGGUCUUCAUCUUCCUCCCCAUCUUCCAUCUCGCCUACAACCAGAUGACGGGUAACCUCACCUCCCAGGCGGCGACCAUGGAGCUUCACGGCGUGCCCAACGACAUCAUCCAGAACCUCAACCCCAUUUCCAUCGUCAUCAUGGUGCCCAUCCUCGACCGCCUGGUGUACCCCGGCCUCCGCAAGAUCGGCAUCCAUCUCACCCCCAUCAAGCGCAUGACCAUUGGUUUCUUCUUUGGUGCCUUCUCUAUGGUGGCCGCCUGCGUGAUGCAGUACUACAUCUACAAGAAGUCUCCUUGCGGCGACCACGCCAACUCGGAAGGUUGCGACCCCGCCCCCAUCAACGUGUGGGCUCAGUGCCUGCCCUACAUCCUCAUUGGUAUCUCGGAGCUCUUCACCAAUCGCCUUCGCCGCCGCCAUUGGCCAGGCCUUCACCCUCUCUCCGAUGACCCUCUCCUCGUCUGGAACUACGGCGUGAUUGCCGUCAUCGCCUUCAUCGGUGGUAUCGCCUUCUGGUUCUGCUUCCACCACUACGACGAUCAGGAGGAUCACCUGAACUCGCUCAAGAAGUCCAAGUACUUGGGCAAGAACAACCCCAACGCCGUUGGUGCUGAGGCUGUUCACAACGCCAACGAGGAGCAGGCCAUCAAGGCCUAA